AUGUCCAUCUUUGGCCACACCAGAGGCCCUUCGCGCGAUACCUUGGGCAACAUGGUCAAAUUCACCGCCUUCCCCUCCCCGAAGCCCGACGCGUGGAAGAAACCGACGUUAGCCAAGGACUUUUCGACUGUGAGCUCUUGCUUCAAGGACCCGACACGGACGGCGGAGAUGAGCACGGACAUGCAAAAGGUCCUUGACAACGUGUACGCGGAUCUCAAGGGCGACGAUGCGGAGCUGUCGAAGACCAAGUUCGAGGCGUUCUUGAGGAAUAUUCAAGGCGAGACCGCGGUGUCUGUCGAGCAAAGGGAAACCUUUGACAAGGGCGCCUUCAUCUACACCUGGACGACGCUCUACUCCCGCGCUGUACGAGCAUUGCCGCCCAAGGACCUCUCAAAGCCUCUGACCAACUACUUCAUCAACAGCAGCCACAACACCUACCUUGACGGACACCAAAUGGUGGGGUCUAAGAGCUCGCCUGAUGCGUACCGCAAUGUCCUGAAGAAUGGUUGUCGCUGCAUCGAGAUUGACGUCUGGAACGGCGACGCCGCCGUGAUACCCACGAGCUCGAGGCCCGAUAAGCUCGGCCAUCAGCGAGGGUUAUCCGGCAUCUCAGGCAGCUCCUUGCCAUUCGUCGCCAAUGCCUUCCACGACACCGUCAACGACACAUACAACCAUCUCAUUGGCGAGAAACCGAUCGGUCAUUCCCGCAGUGCGAGUUCGACCACUCAAGCGGUCAACCAGAGCGAGGACGUUUCACCAGGGACGAGUACUCUUUUCGCGCCCGACGCCAAGACCUCCAUGGACAAGCUUGACGUCCAGAGACCCUCCUCGUCGAGACCACCCAGAGGCGAGCCCAUUGUGACACACGGCUGGACGUUGACGGCGGCCUGUGGCUUCCGUGAGGUAUGCGCUGCUGUCAUGGACUCGGCCUUUGUCAACAACGACCUUCCCGUCCUCGUCAGCCUCGAAGUCCACGCCGACCACGACCAGCAAGAGAUCAUGGUCCAGAUCAUGAAAGAGGAAUGGGGCGAUGCGCUGAUCUCCGAGGCUUUGCCCGGCUGCGACCCCAAGUUUCGGCUCCCUCAGCUCGCGGACUUGCGCAACAAGAUUCUGGUCAAGGUCAAGAAGGCCCCCAGCAAGAUGGUGAAAUCCAACACAAUUGACGUCCCACCCACGUCCUCGGCCAUUGAUGACACCACGGACUCGGAAGACGAGAAACCUCGACCCAAGCUGAACAAAGCGUCCGCAUCAGACCCCACGGGCGAGGUCACCACCAGGCCAGAGGUCAAGGAGCCCGCCUUUCUCAUAUGCCAGUCUCUCGGCGACCUCGCCGUCUACACACGAAGCGAGAAGUUCUGCAGCUUCGACACCCCCGAGGCCAAGAAGCCACCCCACAUCUUCUCCAUCAGCGAGAACAAGAUCCUCGACCUCAACGAGAGGUAUCAUCGCGAAAUGUUCAAACACAACAAGGGCUUCUUUAUGCGUGCCUACCCGGCCGGUCGGCGCAUCGCCAGCACGAACCCCGACCCCUCGCUCUUCUGGCGCAAGGGUGUCCAGAUGGUCGCCAUGAAUUGGCAAUGCUUCGACGAGGGCAUGAUGCUCAACGAGGGCAUGUUCGCCAACGAGCAGGGCUGGGUGCUCAAGCCACCCGGCUACCGCAGCUCCGAUAAGGCGGUCGAAACGCAACACGAUGCCGCGCCCGGCAGCAUCCUGGACCUGACCGUCACUGUCUUUGGCGGCUUCAAUGUGCCCACCGACGCCGUCGACGACGGCAAUGGCCAUGGCAGUGGCAACGACCUACAUCCAGUGGUCAAAGCCGAGCUGCAUGUCGAAAAGGCCGAGGACGACGGACAACGAGGCCAGACGCAGGGCUGUACCUACAAGCAAAAGACCCAGCCCGGGAAAACCAGCCAUCCCGACUACGGCGUCAGCGGACAGAAUCUCCGCUUCCUGGGAGUACCCAAGGUUGUCCCGGAGCUCAGUUUCUUGAGACUGAAAAUCGAAGACGAUAGGCUCGUUGGCUCUUCCCUGCUCGCCUGGGCAUGCAUUCGGUUGGAUCGUCUCCGCCAGGGCUAUCGUUUCAUCCAGCUUAUGGAUACUCGUGGGCAUCCCGUUGAUGGCGGGAAACUGUUGGUCAGGAUUGUUAAGACCUUGCGAUGA